AUGGUACUGUCCCUCACUGCAAUAUGUUCCCCCCUGUUGGCGUGUUUGACGUCAUUCGCCCUAAUCGGCUGGAUGGGGUUACCGUACAAUUCGGUGAUGAGCUUAACGCCUCUGCUGGUUCUCGGAAUUGGUGUGGAUGAUGCGUUCCUGUUGAUCUAUACGUGGAAUAAGAAUAGUGCUCUAAGUAAGCACUAUCCUCCUGUCACAGCCCAAAAUCACGCAGCUUAUCGAAUGCAAAUGACCAUUCAACAGAUCGGACCGAGCAUCACCAUUACAUCACUGACCAAUGCUCUCGCAUUCUCUGUCGGUACUUUAUCGCCAGCAAGAUGUAUGAGCCUAUUCUGCGUCUGUACAGCACUGGCGAUGUUGCUGGAUUUCAUAUUUGAGUUGACUUUAUUCAGUCCAUUCCUUGUGAUCACGUCCAGAUGGGAGAAUAAAGAUACCAAAUCAAAUACUACCAGCGCCAUCCCAAGUCUAUGGUUGAACUACUCCCGACUGAUAUUAUCGAGACUCGGUCAAGUCAUGGUGGUGACUGUGAUGAUAACACUCUACAUAGCCACAUUCUUUGGUAUCAGACAAAUGCAAACAACAUUCGACGCAUCAAAAACAUUCCCAUCUGACUCUCCACUCAAAAAAUGUGUCGAACUUGUGGACGUUAUCUAUAAGCAGGUCAUUACUAUUAUUAUUACUAUUUUACUAUUAUACUAUUACUAUUAA